UCUGGAAGUUACCAGUGGUCUUGCUGUGUACUCUCUCUCUUCUCUCUCUCUAGGGCUGAAAGCUCAAUUCCAUACCAUUUUGAUUCUCUCUCUCUAACAAUGGAAUCAAACCCCCACAGUGACUCCAACCCCUCAGCCCCUGUUGAAGAGCAAGAAGAACAACAGGCCCAGAACACCCUUUCUCUCUCAUCCUCAAACCUCACCACUCCCUAUGCCUCCAUCUCUCUCUCUCUUUCUUCUCUCUUCUCCUCAUCCUCCAUUCUCUCUUCCCCCAAGCCCCCCUUCAAGCCCUCCCAAACAGCCUGUUUCACCCAUAUCCCCCUAAAGCCCUCUGUCUCUCUACAAUUCAGGAACCUCAAUUUCUCCCAGGCCCCAAAAUCCAACUCCAAAUCCUCAAUCUCAGCUGCUUCUCUCUCUACCCCGCUUUUCCAGACACCCCAUCUCUCUUCUGAACCCUCGAACCCAGUUGGUGGUCGUAAAUGCUCCAUUGUUUGGUUUCGGAAUGACCUUCGAGUCCAUGACAAUGAAGCUCUUAACUCUGCAAAUGAAGAGUCUAUCUCGCUCCUCCCUGUUUACAUUUUCGAUCCUCGAGACUAUGGCAAAUCGUCGUCAGGUUUCGAUAAAACAGGCCCAUAUAGAGCCACCUUUCUCCUAGACUGUGUAUCUAAUUUGAGAGAGAAUUUGAAGAAGAGAGGGUCUGAUUUGGUGGUGAGGAUUGGGAAACCAGAGAGUGUUUUGACGGAGUUGGUAAAAGCUGUUGGGGCUGAUGGGGUUUAUGCUCACAUGGAGGUUUCGCAUGAUGAGGUGAAAGGGGAAGAGAGAGUGGAGAAGGUGAUAAGGGAGAACGGGGUCGAGUGUAAGCUUUUUUGGGGGAGCACUUUGUACCAUAUUGAGGAUUUGCCAUUUGGGCUCGAGGAUAUGCCUUCGAAUUAUGGUGGCUUUAGAGAGAGAGUGAAGGGUUUAGCAGUGAGAAAGACAAUAGAGGCAUUGGAUAGGUUGAAAGGGAUGCCAAAAAGGGGGGGUGUAGAGCCUGGGGAUUUGCCGACAUUGAUGGAUUUGGGGUUGAGCCCUGCCUCAACUGUUUCAAAGGAUGGGAAGCCUGCAGCUAAUGCUUCCCUUGUGGGGGGCGAAACCGAAGCCUUAGAAAGGCUCAAAAGAUUUGCAUCCGAAUGCCUUGCACAGCCUUAUAAAGGAGACAAGGCUAAUGGCAGAGAUAGUAUUUAUGGUGCCAACUUCUCAUGCAAAAUAUCGCCUUGGCUCGCCAUGGGUUGUCUCUCUCCACGCUUCAUGUUCAAUGAGCUUAAAAAAGGAGCCAAGAGAAUGGGUUUUGCCUCUGUGAGUCAAAAGACGAAUGAAGGUGCAACUGAUGGUGGAAUGAAUUGGUUGAUGUUUGAGCUCCUUUGGAGAGAUUUCUUCAGGUUCAUCACCAAGAAGUACAGCUCCAACAAGAAAAACAUUGCUGCAACCCCUGCAACAGCCUGUACUGGUGCUCUUGCUUAGCUUCCUCUCAACCACUAUGGUGGUGAAGGACACUUUUUUUGAAAUGGUUGAAAUAUAAGUGGGUCAUUCCAUUGUGAAAUUGCUCUGGAAAAUUGAGGUUAUUAAUCUCUCUGAACAAAGAUUAGUCCCAAAAAACACGAGAAAAAUUUGUAGGUGUUUUUUUCUGCUUUCCAACUGAAGCCCAAUUUUAAUUUAUCAUUGCUUUUAAGAAA